AUGGAAACUUUGAAUUUUGGACCUUUGAUCCAAAGCAAAGCAGAUUCGACGGUUGGUUUGAUUGUUCCGAAAUGGUACUACCCCAAGUCCGAUCUCAUGAGGUCGCCGAGUAUAUUGGGAGGAUAUUCGUACGAUAGAGAGCAGAAUUCACUUCGACAAGCAGCUGCAUUUGGUCGAGAUUUGGCGUUGAGGAUGAAUGAGAUACCGAACACGGCGAAAUUGUAAGUAUUGGUUUUCUUUCUUGGUUUUUAUGCUUGAAAAUGUAUGAAAGGUGUUGAAAAAUGGAUGGGUAAGGUGGUGGAAAACAAUAUUUUUAGAAACCAUAAAGAAAUUUUUGUUUAUAAGCAGUUUAUGUUAUGAUACCAGGUUUUUUGCAAUUUUAUCGUUUUAACUGGAAGACUUAACUUUUUGAUCUUUUAGAUCAUCGUUAUGCAUAUCAGUUGCCAUUAUUCAGAUGAGGAGAUUUUUUUUAGUAAACAGGCUAUCAGAUUACGACCCUCGUGUAAGUUUAUGCCUAAUUAAAGAUCUUUAAAAAUGUUAAUCCAAACUUACACGAACACACUUUCUAUGUUUAAAGCUAGCAUAGACUUGGAAGUAUAUAUUUAUAUAUUUGGAUAACCUAUAUUCUAAAUUUUGAAUGUUGUUUUAGGACGUGAUAACAUCAACCAUGUUCUUGGCCUCAAAGUCAGAAGAAUGCCCGCGAAGAUUGAAGGACCUUGUCCUAUGCUUCUAUCGAUUAAAAGUGGAAGUCGACUGCCCGAAAGAUCUGUGGGAGCUCAAUUCCAAGCUGGAUAAGAAGACAUAUGAACACGUAGCAGCGUAUCUUGUAUGGCUCGAGAAUGUGAUACUUCAAACUACUGGAUUCGACUUCAACGUGGAAGUACCCCAUCCAUUUGUGUUGAAGAUGUGUGAAACCUUCUUUCCAGACGAUCAUUUGCCACGAGAGAUCGGGUUUUGGUUGGCUACGGACAGUUUACACAUGACCGACUGGUCUGUCCGCUACAGACCAGAGACUGUGGCUUGUAUUGUGAUAUUCGUGAUGGUAAUGUGGAAGGAGGUCGAUAUACCAACGAUACGAGUGGUGGUGAAUGGGGAGACGUUAACCAAGAGAUUCUUUGAUGUAAAAUGCGAAUUGAGCUACGGGGAACUGUUAGGUACGGCUAUUGAAAUAUAUCUGAUUUUUUUAUUUAUUUUCUGAACUUAAAUCUAUAUCAUUGUAGACAUCACGAACGAGUACACGGAGAUACUGAAAGAGAACCAGUCGAACCGUUUGCUGGCCAUUACCAAGUACCGUGACGCGGAAAUUAGGCAGAAAACCGAGUUGAAUACGAGUAAAAAUGAACGGGAACCGGGUGAAAUAUAA